AUGACUACACGCAAACGCGCCUGGGAAGAGUCUACCGCGGAGCAUUGGGAAAAGCGCGCCCAGGUGCAGUCGGGAAAAACGCUGAAGCUCACUGCGAUGAACCGCAGCAUUUUCGACCAAGUGGAGAGCAUCCUCGAAGAUGAUAUCCGUUGGCACAAACGAUGCACUGUUCUCCGCGGAGAUUACCAGAUCGUCGGAGAGGAGAGCAAUCCCGAGGAUGAUGGACAACGUCGCAACGGGAGCGUGUAUGAUGAUCAAGAUUUCUACAACAGUUUGCUAAAUCAGUACGCUGCUCUCUCGAUGAACAACACAGCGACGCUGCUGCAGAAACGACAGUCGAAGAAGAAGGAAGUACAGCGGAAGGCGAGUAAAGGGCGCAAGCUGAUUUACACGGUCCAUCCCAAAUUGCAGAACUUUUGCACGCCGGAGAAGUAUCCUCCUGCGAAUAUUGAUGUGGAUCAACUGUUUUCUUCGCUGUUUGGAAAGAAGCCGAAGUAA